AUGCCCGACGAUGAGAUACUAUCCUCUCAGGAAAUGAAGCUAGAUUGCCUAAUAGAUUCAAGGAAGCUCCCUCUCAAUGCAAAUAGUCGAAUCGCUUCCUGUGCAUGUUCCAACAGACUAUUGGUGAAUGGAACUUUUGAAGGUGGCUAUAUCUUGCUGGACAUUUCUGAUCCCAAAGAUACCAGAUUUUUGGGAGAAUAUACCCUUACAGGCUCCGCGGACGGUAUCACCAAUCACAUAUGCAUAAGCAAAGAUGACACAGAGCUUCUAAUAGCCUCUAACGACAAAUAUCUCAGAAUUAUUGAUAAUGAGACCGGAACGAAAAAGUCUAGUUGCAGACUACCGCUUGCUAUAAACUGCCUGGCGAGCAACCCAAGAAACCAAGCUGAAUUCAUAAUGACUGGAGACGAUUCCCGUGCCUUCAUAAUGGACAAACGAACCCUUCGACAUGAUUCAUUCGAACCUUGCAUUCUGUUCACAGGCCACAAGGACUACGGCUUUGGAUGCGAUUGGUCUCCAUUAGAUGAGAAUCUUUUACUUACAGGUAAUCAAGAUGGGACAGUCAGACUAUGGGAUAGGAGAUAUCCUCAAGAAAACCUCUAUUGCUGGAGCAGUUCAUUGGGUUCACAAGCGUCCGUGGUUCUGGACGAUUUCUCAGGCGGGCCAGUGAGAAAUUGCAAGUUCAGUUACUACGGAUCUCAUGUCAUAUGGGCCGAGAGCUUAGACCAUGUUGGCGUUGUCCAGGUGUCUGACUUAAAGAAAGAAAAUGAGGAGGUACACUCCAGGGUUCAGUCGAUCGACUUCAUCGGCAAGUGUAUUGGCCUCAACGUAUGUCCUGUGGAUUCAGGCAAAGGCGAAGAACUCAUCAUCGGUAUAAAUGAUUGUCCUCUUGGAGGCGUGUUGAGAUACCUGCUCGAGGCUACCGACAAACCAUUAGACUUUGAUUUGAUGUUUUAG